UCGAUAUUCAAGAUGAACAGACUAGCGCUCGUGGUAUGUUGUCUUGUUCUAGCGACGUACAACGUCGAAGCUGGACCUUUAGAAACCUCCAUCAACACUUUCUUGAACACGUCCACAGUGAAGUUGAACGAGUCCAUUGCACUGUAUAACACCACCCUGGUAACAUCUUUGAACUCCUCGCUGGUCGUAUUGAACGCUACGGUUGCAUCUUUGAAUGCAGCAUUUUCAUCGAUUUUAACCAAAUAUACGCCGUUCGGCGUUAAUACCACCAAUCUGAAAAAUGGUCAGACCUUUAUCGGAGUCACUCAGCUCGAUUACAAUACGCUAUGGCUCAAAAAAGGAUACGUCAGUGAUAUUCAAUCGCACUUUUUGACUCAAGUGGCAGCUGUAAAUACUUCAUUGAUGAGUUCGGCAGCCACUAUGACCGUCGCUUCUCAGUAUCCGUCAUUGCCGAGCAUCAGCGGCACAACGUGUUUGAAUAAAUACGGAGCCCUCUUGACCGGAAGUCCGGUAUCCGUGGAUCGAUUGACAACCUGCGUGAAGAACGAACUGCCUAAGGUCGUUGCCCCAGCGGCUAAUGCGACCUCCAUUUUUAAUUUUGUGCAAAACCUGGCCCCAAUGCUGCUCGGAAUGGUCAACAGCGUCUGCUCCCCGGGUAUCAACACCCGCCUCAGUACCUGUAUUAGCGCGUUCUUCGAUGCGCCCAACUGGAACACUCUAACGUAUGGAUUGCCAAAUUUGGCAAGUGAUUUUUGGAACAGAUUGUACGCGGUGAAUGCGUUCCGGGUCAAACGUUGUGCUAGUUUGGUCUCUGCGGAUAUUAUAUCAUUGGCACAGAACUAUACCAACCUGAUGACCAAAUGUAUGGCCACCGGUUCCUAAAAACACACACUGCUGUGCAACAUUCAUGGCUUGAAAUAUAGACGGGUGAUUUUUAAAGA